AUGCCUUCGCAUUUAUCACAUUUAACAGACUUGUGUACGUUUUUGAAUAUCGAAGAUGUUGUACCUUUGUAUGUAAAACAUUUGGCAAAACAAAAUACCGAAGCUUUGGAUGUAAAUACCAAGUCGUUGCAAGGAGAAGAAAAUCCUACAAAUCACGACAACAAAAAUUUGAAUGAAACAAAACAAUUAAACAUCGAGCCUAAAAAAUCCCAAUGCAAACUCCACAGAUGUUUACAAUGCAAAUUCCAAUGCUACAAGCCUCAAACUUUACUAGAACAUUUAAAAACUUCAAAAUACUGCCGAGCACAAAAAACCUGUUCCUUGUGUUCGAUGCAAUUUGAAGAAGUAGGUGAUGUUUUAUCGCAUUUGGAAAAACACAAUCAUCCUAAGCCUUUCUUUUGUACAUCGUGUGAUCAAAGAUUUCAAUCCAGGACUACUUUGAGUCAACACAUACCUAAACACUCGCAAGAGACUCCUUUCGUUUGUCCGCAUUGCAGAAAGGGAUUCAAAUGGAAACAUGGAUUGACUAGUCAUCUUAUAAUACAUUCAAAGGAAAUGAAGCACCUUUGUGAUGAGUGUGGCUUCAGUACGGCACAUGCAAAGACAUUGCGAGCCCAUAAAUUGAUUCAUACAGGAGAUUUGUUACGGUGUCCUUAUCCUGGAUGUAAACACAGUUCUCAACGCAAAGAGAAUUUGAAAAGCCAUUUUACUACACAUAAUAAAGAGACGCCUUUUGUUUGCGAAAUUUGUGGACAUAAGUUUUCGCAGAGCAAGAACUUAAAGCAUAAUGUACAACGUUAA